CUCAGAUAUGAUCGCGCUUCUCAGCACACGAUUACCCUCUACCAGGAGAAACCUCCAGGAUGGAUUCGGACGACGUAAUGGAACACGCGGGCAGUUCAAAGCCCCCCGCGGAGCAAGAUGAGUCUGACCUGGAUGAAAAGUUCCCCAACCGACCGCGCAAUCAUUCCUCCACGCUUCCAUUCCACGAGCUCUUCCAGUCCCUCUUCAACCCUCUCAGCGAGAUCAAGAAGAAACCCGCCGGAGCUGCGGGCCCGCGCCGAAAACUCGGCCCCUCAGGCCACUCCUCGGCGAACCUGAACCCCCUCGAACGACGACGCGAUGUGAUCGAGCGCUUCAUCUCGCGCUGGCGCAAGGAUGUCGGCGAUGACAUAUACCCCGCCUUCCGACUGAUACUUCCGGACAAGGACCGCGACCGCGCGAUGUACGGGAUCAAGGAGAAGGUGAUCGGGAAGAUGCUGGUGAAGAUCAUGAAGAUCGACAAGAAUUCCGAGGACGGGUUCAAUCUGUUGAAUUGGAAGCUACCGGGGCAGGCGACCGCGUCUAGCAUGGCGGGCGAUUUCGCGGGCCGAUGCUACGAUGUGCUUUCCAAGCGGCCGAUGCGCACGGAGGUCGGGGAUAUGACGAUCGAGGAGGUGAAUGAAAAGCUGGAUCUGCUCUCGACGGCGUCCAGGGAGGAGGACCAGCAGCCGAUUCUGGCGGAGUUCUAUCGGCGUAUGAACCCUGAGGAGCUCAUGUGGUUGAUCCGGAUCAUCCUGCGGCAGAUGAAGGUCGGCGCGACGGAGCGGACCCUGUUCAAUGUCUGGCAUCCCGAUGCGGAUACUCUGUACAACAUCUCCAGCAGCCUUCGGCGGGUGUGCUGGGAACUGCAUGAUCCGAACAUACGGUUGGAUGCGGAAGAUAAGGGGAUUGCGCUGAUGCAAUGCUACCAGCCGCAGCUGGCGCAAUUUCAGAUGCAUUCGCUGGAUCGGAUGAUCAGUCGGAUGAAGCCGACCGAGGAAGAUCCUGUGUUUUGGAUCGAGGAGAAGCUCGAUGGCGAGCGCAUGCAAAUGCAUAUGGACUCUGACAGCUCCGUGCCGGGGGGAAGGAAAUUUCGCUUCUGGUCGAGAAAGGCGAAAGACUACACAUAUCUCUAUGGCAACGGUAUAUACGACGACAACGGGGCCCUGACGAGACACCUGGAGGAUGCGUUUGCCGACGGAGUCAAGAGUGUGAUCUUGGACGGUGAGAUGAUUACCUGGGAUCCUGAGCAAGAUGCCCCGGCGCCGUUCGGUACCCUCAAGACAGCUGCGUUGGCCGAACAGAGGAAUCCAUUCUCGAACGGUGCCCGGCCGCUGUUCCGCGUCUUUGAUCUUCUAUAUCUUAAUGGACGAGACAUUACGCGGUAUACACUACGCGACCGUCGCAAUGCGCUGCAGAAGUGUAUCAAACCCGUUCAUCGCAGGUUUGAGAUCCACCCCUACGAGGAAGCCACGGGCAAAGCCGAGGUCGAAACGGCGCUCAGGAAAGUGGUCGCAGAAGCCUCCGAGGGGCUGGUGCUCAAGAACCCCCGCUCGCCCUAUCGUCUGAAUGAAAGACAUGACGACUGGAUGAAAGUGAAGCCAGAGUACAUGACCGAAUUUGGAGAGUCGCUGGAUGUUGUUGUCAUCGGGGGAUAUUACGGCAGUGGUCAUCGGGGCGGUGCUCUCUCGAGCUUCCUGUGUGGAUUACGAGCCGACGGGGCCAGCUCGUCGCAAAGCGCCAGCCCGACGAAGUGCUACUCGUUUUGUAAAGUCGGAGGAGGGUUCAACGCCGCCGACUAUGCGAACAUCCGGCAUCACACGGAUGGCAAAUGGAUGGACUGGAAUCCCAAAAAGCCACCGACGACUUACAUCGAACUAGCUGGAGGGGAUACUCAGCAUGAGCGCCCUGAUAUGUGGAUUAAGCCAGAAGACUCGGUUGUUCUCUGUGUCAAAGCGGCCUCGGUGUCCGUCAGUGAUCAGUUUCGAAUUGGACUGACGCUGCGUUUUCCACGUUUCAAGAAGCUGCGGAUGGACAAGAACUGGAAGAGCGCCCUUUCGGUGCAAGAAUUCCUGGAUCUCAAGUCGAACAUUGAACAGGAACACCAGGAGAAGGCGUUUGAUGUGGACAAUUCCCGCAAGAAGCGGACAAAAACAACUACUAAAAAGCCUAUUGCUAUUGCCGGGUACGAUGAGGAGGCAGAAGUAAAAUAUGCUGUGCCAUCUGGGGAAGUUUUCAAGGGACUCAAUUUUUAUGUUUUGACAGAUUCCAACUCCCGGGACAAGAAAACGAAAUCGGAGUUGGAGCAGCUCGUCAAGGCCAACGGGGCCAGUUUCUUCCAGAAAGACAACGCUGCUCCAGAUACCAUAUGCAUCGCAGAUCGAAGAACGGUCAAGGUGGCUGCCGUGCAGAAAAAGAAUACGAACAUCGUCCGUCCAUCGUGGAUCUUGGAUUGCGUCCACCAGAAUGUGGUUGAUGCAGGGCUUCCGGACCUUCUUCUUCCGCUCGAGCCACGACACAUGUUCCAUGCUACCCCCGAGAAGCAGGAAGAAGUCUCCCGCAACGUCGAUGAGUUCAACGAUAGCUAUGCCCGCGACGUUACGCGCGAGGAACUUAGCGAGAUCCUGGACCAAAUGACCAAAGACCACGACUUCGACCUCCCUCCAGACACUAAUGCAUUGAGAAAGCUCCACGAAGAUAUCCAGGAUAAUGUAGACUCGGGGUGGGAGAUGCCCUGGGGCUGGCUGUUCAAAGGCCUGGUGUUCCACUUCCAUCCGCACAAGCAAGAUGACGACAGUCACUCAUAUCGCCUCCAGCUGGCAACCAACACAGCCAGAUUUGCAGGGGCGAGGGUCGCAGAGUCCUCCAGCGAUCAGACCAUCACUCACAUCAUUGUGGACCCAGAGACCCCGGCAUCGGCAAUCCGCCUGAUUCGAGAAUCAGUGUCCGCGACGCACCGCAAGAAACUACCCCAUAUCGUCAGCGUCAAAUGGAUCGAAGAAAGUUGGGAGCAGCACACCCUCCUGGACGAAGAAAGUAAGUGAUUGGCGUGAGAUAUACUGCGUACCGCGGCGAAACACUAAUCCCGGCAUCUACAGGGUUCCCCCUACCCUAGCAUUAGCAUCUUCCUAGGAUCGACAGAGAAGAAGAAAGCAGAGGAGAAAAAGGAAACAGGAAGGAAACCUACGUCAAC